AUGGCCGAGAGAUUUGUGGAUACCUUUAAGAGGGGACUCAAAAAAUUCACCGACGGGAAGAACAUCCGCAACCAAUUAUCUACAUUUCUCAGACAAUAUAGAUCCACACCUAACGUAAACGUUCCUAACAAAGUCUCUCCUGCUGAGGCACUGAUGGGCAGACUUAUGUACACAGUUCUGGAUUUACUUAAACUACCCAUCCGACAACAAUCACAGAAAGACGACAUUAAACUACGUCAACAACAACAGUUCAACCGCAAACAUGGAGUAAAACCCAAGGCAUUUGGAGUAAAUUCAGAAGUCAAGAUCUGUAAUAACAACAAAUGGAAAUGA